AUGCCCGACUACACCCUCUACGGCUUUGCCAACACGGCCAGCACGUCGACGCACUGGCUCCUCAUCGAGCUCGCCGCAGCCUCGGGCGUCACGUACGACUUUGUCGACGUCAACUUUACCACGCGCGCGCAGAGGGACGCCACGUACCUCGCGCUCAACCCGCGCGGGCGCGUGCCGACACUGAUCGUGGACGGGCACACGCCCGUGCCAGAGUCGACGGCGUGUGUGCUCGUCCUCGCUGAACGGCACCCGGCCGCACACUUCGAGCCCGCGCGCGACUCGCCGCUGCGUGCGCGGUUCCUCGAGACGCUCGUGUUUGUCGCCAACACGCUCCUGCCUGCGUUCCGCGACUGGUUCUAUGCGGAAAAGGACCAGACAGACGGCAUAGUCGCGCACGGUAUCCGCCUGCUGGCGCUCCAGCGCAUCAAGGGCGUGUUUGAACAGCUCGACGCGCAGGUCAAGGAGGGCGGAUACCUCGUGUCCACGGCUGACGAGGGACCCACGGCCGUCGACUUUCUCUUCGCGGCCACCCUCAGCUGGGAUGCGUUCGUGGACCGGCUGGCGGGCACGUAUCCCAACCUGCAAACAUACAAGAGCCUGAUGCGGUCUCGGCCGUCGUGGAAGGUGUUGAACGACAAGGAAGGCAUCGAGAGCGAGCUCGCGGACGGUAUCAAGCCUUGGGAGGAGCAGUAUCUGGACUUUUAG